AUGGCCACCAAGUUCUUCGCCCGGCUGAAGGCCGUCGAUUUCUACAAAAAGCUGCCAAGUGACCUGAGCGAGUCCACGUUGGCCGGCGCAUGGAUCUCCAUACUGGCAGCAAUUGUCAUAUCCGUGCUUCUGGGUCUGGAGUUCUUCGAAUUCAUGCAAGUGCAGACUCAGACCGAGCUGGUCGUGGAUCGGUCGAAGCAGGGUGAGCUGCUCCGAAUCAACUUCAACGUCAGUUUUCCUGCCCUCUCUUGCGAGUUUGCCACGCUGGAUGUGAGUGACUCCUUGGGAACGGUAAGACCAUCCCUCUGCGAUGCAUGGUUGAACGCACCGUGCUGCCCACACUGGCAAAGAAAUCGUCACAACUGGGGUGCACACUAUUUUCUCUUCCCUGUCAGCCAUUUUGGUGCUUGGCCAUCAGUGCUUUGA